UCCAGCCUCCGGGCCCCGCUCGCCGCCUCCCUCCCCUUUGUGCCGCCGCCGCCGCCGCGAUGAAUUUUUAAUUCUCGCCGGCAGCGGAGCGGGAGCGGGCGCGGGGCCGCGCGGAGCCCGCCGCCGACUGCGCGAACCCGGAGCGCUGCCCCGAGGACCAGCCCCGAGCCCCUCCAGGAGCCCGACUGCACCCCGAGCAAACCCAUGAGGAAGGUCUGAGCCGGCUCCCCCUGCCCUCUCCCGCCUCCCCGGGGACGCCAUGGACCCCGAAGCCGUGCAGACCCAGGAGGCCCCGCUGACGGUCAACGAGCAGGUCAUUGUCAUGUCCAGCCACGAGACGAUCCGCGUGCUGGAGGUCGGCGUGGACGCCCCGCCGCCGGCCGAGGAGGACGGGAAACCUUUGGAGAUGCCACCCGGGGAGGGUGCACGGGGCUCCCCGCGAGGGAGCGGCGACCCGGGCAGAGAGGACGUGCCGCCCAGCGCCGAGACCUCGUGCAGCGCCGAGGCGGCCGGCAAAACCAAGCCGGCGGCCGGAGCGUCCCCCAGCAGCGUCCCCCCCGGCGGCACCUUCGGCCACGCCGCCAGCCAGCAGCCGCAGCCCUUGGCCCCGCUGGCCGCCCCGCAGGUCUUGACUCAGGAAAACUUAGCAACAGUUGUGACAGGAGUAAUGGUUCCAGCAGGGACAGUUACUCAACCUCUUCUUAUCCCCAUCAGUAUUGCAGGUCAAGUGGCAGGUCAGCAGGGGCUGGCUGUGUGGACAUUUCCUACAGCAACGGUCGCUGCCCUUCCCGGACUGACGGCUGCUUCUCCUACAGGGGGAAUUUUCAAACCACCUAUAGCCAAUCUGCAAGCCGCCGCCGUCCUCAACACCGCGAUCCCGGCGCCGGUGCAGCCUGCCCAGCCGCUGCCGGCUGCGGUCCAGCCCCGGCCCCCCCUCCAGCCACAGAGCGUGUUCCCCCCGGCGCCUGCCGUGCCCAGCCAGCCCCCCAUCCUGCCACAGCCCGCUGCAGCGCCCACACCGCCCGUGGCGAAGCCGCUUGAGCCGCAGACCCAGAUCGCAGUGCAGCCCGCGGGAUUUGCCUUUAACCCUGGCAUAAUCAGCGCCGCCUCCCUGGGGGGGCAAACGCAGCUCCUCAGCUCCCUGGCAGCCGCCCCCGUGAUCGCCAACACCAUCUCCAGCGUGCAGGGCAUCACGGGGCAGAUCCUGACCAACGCCCAGGGCCAGGUGAUCGGGACCCUGCCGUGGGUGGUGAACCCCCCCGGCAUCGCGGCGGCCAGCCCGGUGCCGGCCCCGAACCUGCAGGUACAGGCGGUGACGCCCCAGCUGCUGCUCAAUGCCCAGGGCCAGGUGAUCGCCACGCUGGCCAGCGGCACCAUCCAAGCGGCCACCAUCAAGAAAAGCGGCCCCCCCGAGCCUCCCACCAAGAGCGAGGUGCAGCCCAUCCAGCCGGCCCCGGCUCUGCCCCAGCCAGCCGUGGUCAUCGCCAACCCUGCGCCGGCAGCGAAGGCGGCCUCGGCGCCCGUCCCCAUCACCUGCUCCGAGACGCCCACCGUCAGCCAGCUGGUGGCCAAGCCCCAGGCCCCCAACAGCGGCGUGGAGGAGGACGGCAUCAACCUGGAGGAGAUCCGGGAGUUCGCCAAGAACUUCAAGAUCCGGCGCCUGUCCCUCGGCCUGACGCAGACCCAGGUGGGGCAGGCCCUGACAGCCACCGAGGGCCCUGCCUACAGCCAGUCGGCCAUCUGCAGGUUCGAGAAGCUCGACAUCACCCCCAAGAGCGCCCAGAAGCUGAAGCCGGUGCUGGAGAAGUGGCUGAGCGAGGCCGAGCUGCGCAACCAGGAGGGGCAGCAGAACCUGAUGGAGUUCGUGGGCGGCGAGCCCUCCAAGAAGCGCAAGCGCCGGACGUCCUUCACGCCGCAGGCCAUCGAGGCGCUCAACGCCUACUUCGAGAAGAACGCGCUGCCCACCGGCCAGGAGAUCACCGAGAUCGCCAAGGAGCUCAACUACGACCGCGAAGUCGUCCGCGUGUGGUUCUGCAACCGCCGACAGACGCUCAAAAACACCAGCAAACUCAACGUCUUUCAGAUCCCCUAAGGAAAGGGGCUGGGGGGGCCCCCCAUGCCCAGACGCCCUCCCCGAGCCCCCCCCCCCCCCCCCAGCCUCCUGCCAUCAGCACUUUGUGACCGACUUUCCCCGGCCCCUGCCCCUCUGCCCGGCUCCAGCGGGGUGCUCGGGUCCCCCCCGAACCGUGCGCGUAGGUGUCCGUGCCCCCCUCCCACCCCACACGUGGCCCAACCGUGUUCGCAUCCCGUGUCGCGCGUGCCUCGUCGUCCUGUAACGUGCGUGGUGCCGGACCCCCGCCUGCACUCACCGUGUCUCCCGACUCCCCCUGGGUGAGGGGGGGCCGCCCUCCCCGCCCUUCUGUGUCAGGUCUCCCCCCCCCUCCAGGAGUGAUUUUUCAUUUUUUGGGCCGUUUUCUCCCUUCUCCGCGACUUCUCUGUGUUCCCAAGGUAGCGUUAAGGCCCGGUAGUGUCACGGCUCGGUAGCGGUGAGCCCCGGUUUAGUUUCACCCCCUUUUAUUUCAUCGCCCCCCCCAGUUCCCAGCCCUCUCCCCCUGCCGAUGCGAGGAGGCUCGGAGCAAACAGAGCCGCGUGAACCUGAAAACGAAGGUGUCGAGACACCGAGGCCUUGGGAGGUGCUGCUUGACCUAAAUAAGGGUGGCCUCGUGCCCCUGCCCCUCUGUCCCCGUGGGCACAUUGCACUACAGGGGGGGGGGGGGACCGUGCAGGGUUAGCAGAAGGCAGAGCGAGCUGGGAGGAGGAUUUGGGGGUCCUGCGGCAGGGGGAGCGCCCCCUCUGAGCCCCCCAUGAGCCUGGGGAUGGAUGGACAGACGGGGACGGACGGACGGACGGACGGACGGGGAGCGUGGUGGGAGGGACGGCCCCACCGGGGCCACGGCAGCCUGAUGCACUUGAUGUAGUGGUGUGAAAUAAACAGUAUUUUUCUUUUUUC